AUUUAAAGUUAGACCCAGUAAAAAAAAGGUAGCAUCCGGAACUGAAGUAGUACGCUCUCCCUCUCUCUCCUCUCUCUCUCUCUCUCUCUCUCCUCUUCUGUGUCUGAAAGUCGCCAACGGAGAAAUACGCAGCUAUCAACUGAAAAUGCAAAGAGAUGUACAUGUUUCAAGUGAAAACUUCUGUUUCUCUGAAAAAAAAUGAGAAAUGAAAUUAGGGUUUAGACAACAAUCACCCAGAAGUUGAAGAGAAAUUAGGGUUUUUCAGGUUUGUCGGAAAAGCGAAAAACUUUAGUUUAGGGUUGAUUUGUGGACAAGGGUUCGUGAUGGAAGGAGGGUCAAGCCACAACUUUGUUCCUCCUUCAGCUGGGAUUGAUAAGUCAAGGGUUUUGGAUGUUAGACCUCUGCGUAGUUUGAUGCCGGUGUUCCCAGCUACGUCUCAAGCCCCAUCCUUUCCGGGCAUGCCUCCCUUUGGCCAUACCCCUAAUGGGUUUCCUCCGUUUUACCCGUUUAACGUACCACUAUCUCAGGCCUCACCUGAUCUAAAUAGUGAGAUGAGGACACCAAGCGGUCCCAUGCCCGCUCCUAUCCGGUCAUAUAGAGCUCCUGCCCCAUCUGGCUCCGAUGACUUUCCAGAGGAUUCCAAUGGAGAAGGGUUCUUUGAUCCUCAUGUAGGUUCUAGUGCAUCUCGAAAGAAGACCUCAAAAGCUAGUUCAUCUCGAAAGAAGACCAAGAAAAAUGGAGAUGGCGGUUUAGUAACAAACAAUGGGUCAGGCGUGACCUUUGUUCCUGUUAUGAGUUCAUUUCAAAUUGAAGAUGGUAACAGGGAGUUGGUUAAUUAUGUACUCAUGAAUUUCGAUGCACUCCGGAGAAGGAUCUGCCAAAUUGAAGAGAACAAGGAAACGAAAACUGGGCUUAUUAAGCGUGCAGAUUUGAAAGCUGGUAACAUUUUGAUGAGCAAAAAGGUUAGGACAAACAUGAGGAGGAGAAUUGGGGUUGUCCCUGGAGUUGAGAUUGGCGACAUUUUCUUUUUCCGAAUGGAAAUGUGUGCGGUUGGAUUACAUGCUCCAUCGAUGGCUGGAAUUGACUACAUGACUGGCAAGGGUGAUGGUGAAAAAGAUCCGGUGGCUUUAAGCAUUGUUUCUUCAGGAGGCUAUGAUGAUGAGGCAGAGGACAGCGAUGUCUUGAUAUACAGUGGCCAGGGUGGAAAUAGCAACAACAAAGACAAAGAGAAGGAGGUGGCUGAUCAGAAGCUUGAAAGGGGUAAUCUUGCUCUUCAGAGAAAUUUGCAUCACGGCAAUGAAGUACGAGUGAUUCGGGGCAUGAAAGAAGAUGUUAAUUCAAUUGCAAAGAUCUAUGUCUAUGAUGGCCUAUAUAAAGUUCAUGAGUCAUGGACAGAGAGGGGCAAAGCUGGUUGUAAUAUAUUCAAGUACAAGCUGUUAAGGGUGCCUGGACAGCCACCAGCUUUUGCAGUUUGGCAAACUCUUCGUAAGUGGAAGGACGGUUUUUCCUCAAGGGCUGGACUUGUUCUUCAAGACCUCACUUCAGGGACUGAACCUGUACCUGUUUCCCUUGUAAAUGAGGUUGAUAGUGAAAAGGGGCUGGCAUCUUUCACUUAUUUCCCUACACUCAAAUAUACUAAAUCAUUCAGUCUCAUGCCACCUUCUUUUGGCUGCAAUUGCCGCAGUGCAUGCCAGCCAGGUGAUAUGAAUUGCUCUUGCAUUCAGAAAAAUGGAGGUGAUUUUCCUUAUACUAGCAAUGGGAUUCUAGUCAGCCGUAAACAAUUGUUACAUGAAUGUAGUCCUACAUGUCCAUGCACUCCCAACUGCAAAAACCGGGUAUCCCAAACUGGUGUAAAAUUGCGGCUGGAAGUGUUUAAGACAAAGGAUAGGGGUUGGGGCCUCCGGUCAUGGGAUUCUAUUCGUGCUGGUGCUUUUAUUUGUGAGUAUGCUGGUGAAGUUAUAGAUGAAGCGAAGUUAAAACAGAAAGAGGGUGGAGGGGAAAAUGAUGAAUAUAUUUUUGACACAGGCCGUGAUUAUGAAUCGUUCAAGUGGAGUUAUGAACCUGGAUUACUAGAGGAGAGUCCUCAUGAUGUUAAUGAGGAUUAUAACAUUCCAUAUCGCCUGAUCAUAAGUGCCAAGAAUGUUGGGAAUGUAGGUCGGUUCAUUAAUCACAGUUGCUCACCAAAUGUUUUUUGGCAACCAGUUGUAUAUGAACACAACAAUCAGUCUUUUGUCCAUAUUGCUUUUUAUGCCAUCAGACACAUUCCCCCUAUGACAGAGUUGACAUAUGAUUAUGGGACAAGUUCUAAUGAAGCUGGCAGUAACAGUGGACCCAACAGGAAAAAUAAAUGCUUAUGUGGAUCUUCAAAAUGCCGGGGUUAUUUUGGUUGAUCAUGUAGGUUCUAAAACAUGCUGCUCCAGUGCCAACAAACACGAUCCUGGUGAGAAUGACUGGAACUUCGCCUUGUUUAAAUGUUUUUUAACGUAGCAUAGCUGUAGUAUUGUUGUUUUAUCUUUCUAUCUAUGGUCGAUGGUUUAGGUUCCACCAACAGACCAUCAUGGUGCCGACAAACAUGAUCCUGGUUAAGAAGUCUGGAAUCUCUAUCAUGUUUAUAUGCUUCUGAACUUAGCAUGACUCUGAUUUUGUUUUAUCUUUCAGUCUCUAGGGGAGACAUGCUUGCGAACUUUAAGUUCCCGUCUUUUAUUUGUAUUUCUUAUAUAAAAGCUCUGUGCAUGGCAGUUCAUAAAUGCAAUCUUGGAUAUAUGUGUAAGAAGGCUUAUGCUACGGAUUCAUGAAACUUUGUAUUUGGAGUCUGCAUGAAUUUCUAAUAAAUAAUAUUGCGAGAUUAUGUUA